AUGGAACAGAUGAAGGAGAGAUUUGUUAAAUUGCUAGUGGGGGAGGAUAUGUCUCGUGGAGGAAAUGGUGUUUCAUCAGCUCUGGCACUGUCAAGUGCAUUCCCAAACCUUGCUGCUGCUGUUUUUUGUGAACAAAAGUGCCUAGAGUCGAUGCUUCCCGAGAGGAAAGCCAGAUGGAGAAAUGAAAUCGAUUGGCUUCUAUCAGUGACAGAUUAUGUUGUUGAGAUGGUUCAUACUCAACAAAAAUCAAAAGAUGGAUCCAGCAUGGAGAUUAAGACUACGCGACAACAAACGGAUCUCCAUAUGAAUAUCCCUGCCUUAAGAAAGCUUGACAACAUGCUUAUUGAUUGUCUAGAUAACUUCAAAGACCAGAAUGAGUUCUACUAUGUAUCAAAAGAUGCAGAUAAAGAUAGUUCAAAGAGAAAAAAUGAUGACAAGUGGUGGUUACCUACACCUAAGGUUCCUGCAGAGGGUUUAUCUGAUGCGGUGAGAAGGUUUCUGCAGUAUCAAAAAGAUUUUAUGAAUCAACUACUUAAAGCAGCGAUGGCCAUAAAUGCACAAACCCUAUUGGAGAUGGAGAUCCCUGAAAGCUAUAUUGAACCCCUACCCAAGGUAAGUAAAAAAGAACUAGUAUCUACAUAGAAGUUUUCUUGAUUUCAUAUAUUUUCACAUUAUA